AUGGAGACUCUUAAGGCGGUCUUUUUUGGACCUGAUCCACAGACGCAGAUGAGAAAAUGCAAUCAAAUAAUUCGUGCCAAUACCCGUCAAUUGGAUCGUGAUAUAAUGCAACUAAAGACCCUCGAGGGCAAGACACGACAGUAUAUUUUGAACGCUUCCCGACGAGCCCAGAGAAAUCCACUACAGGCAAAACAGGCCCAAAAUGAGAGCAAGACGUUUGCACGAGAACUCGUUCGGAUCCGAAAGCAGUCGGCCCGCCUUACCACAAGCCGAGCUCAACUCCACAGCGUACAGAUGCAAGUCAAUGAGGCCUUUUCGAUGCGUAAAAUCCAAGGAAGUCUUAAGAAGUCUACCGGGAUUAUGAAAGAUGUUAAUACACUUGUCCGUCUUCCUGAGUUAACGGCAACGAUGCACCAGCUUUCAACCGAGUUGGUGCGUGCGGGUAUUAUUGAAGAGAUGGUGGACGAUGCGAUUCCGAACAAUGAGCUGCUGGAAGAUGAGCUAGAAGAAGAAGCCGAUGCAGAAGUUGACAAGGUCCUUCAAGAGAUUCUCCACGGCAAACUCUCCCAGGUCGAGGACAUCAAGCCGGAGAAACCGAUCGAAGAGACUCCAGCGGUGGAGGAGCAGUUUGAGGAUCAAGAAGCUGCUUUGGCACAAAUGAGGGGACGUCUAGAAGCUUUGAAGAGCUGA